AUGGCGGUGACCAAAGAGCUCUUACAAAUGGAUCUGUACGCGCUGCUAGGCACUGAGGAGAAGGCGGCAGACAAAGAGGUGAAGAAGGCGUACAGGCAAAAGGCACUCUCCUGCCACCCAGACAAAAAUCCAGAUAACCCCAGAGCAGCUGAACUCUUCCACCAGCCAUCCCAGGCCUUGGAAGUACUGACUGAUGCUGCAGCCAGGGCUGCAUAUGACAAGGUGAGGAAAGCCAAGAAGCAGGCAGCAGAGAGGACCCAGAGACUUAAUGAGAACAGGAAGAAAGUGAAACUUGACCUGGAGACCUGGGAGCGGCAGGCCCAGGCCCAGGGGAGUGAGGAAGAGAAGGAGAGCAGGAGCGCCAGCACGCUAGAGCAGGAGAUUGCCCUUCGAGAAGAGGGCUCCUGUCAGUUGGAGGAGCAGCAGAGGCUGAUCCAGGAGCAGAUUCGCCAGGACCGAGAACAGAGGCUGAGAGGGAGAACAGAAAAUACUAAAGGCAAAGGAACCCCCAAACUAAAGCUAAAGUGGAAGUGCAAGAAGGAGGAUGAGUCCCAAAGUGGCUACUCCAGAGAUGUCCUCCUGAGGCUUUUACAAAAGUAUGGGAAGGUUCUCAACCUGGUACUUUCCAGAAAGAAAGCAGGCAACGCCAUAGUGGAGUUUGCAACUGUCAGAGCUGCGGAGCUGACUGUCAGAAAUGAAGUGGGCCUGGCUGACAACCCUCUGAAGGCUUCCUGGUUGGAGGGACAGCCCCAGGGCACAGUGGACCCGGCCCCCCCAGGACUGUCAAAGGGCUCGGUGCUGUCAGAAAGGGACUAUGAGAGUCUUGUCAUGAUGCGCAUGCACCAGGCAGCUGAGCGCCAGCAGCUGAUUGCCCAGAUGCAGCAGGAAGACUAGGGGCAGCC